AUAUAAAAAAAAAAUUGCAGUAGAUUAAAGAAGCCAAGGAAAAACGAAAUUUUUAAUCUUAAACAGAUAAUGGUUGGACUCAGGAGUAGUGUGUAGAUCGCAAUGUUCUGUCAUUUUUCAUCUGCGGCUGAGAGUGUUUUAAAGUAGCAACAUAGCACAAUCUAAAACCUCAAACUUUUAUUGAAAAGUCUCAAUUUUGAACUCACUCGGAAGUGAUGGAGUCGCACGUGGAUCUGGGUUUUCUCCUACACGCUCUCAUGCCAUCUUGGAACUCCGUUCCUUUGCUUUCGGGGUUCUUCACUUACUUGGCCAUUGCUGGAUCCGUUCUCCCUGGGAAAGUUGUUCCUGGGGUUGCUCUACCUGAUGCAACUCGUCUUCACUAUCGAUGCAAUGGUCUGCUCUCGCUUCUUCUGUUGGUUGCGCUUCUUGGGAUCGGUGCCAAUAUGGGUUUUGUGUCUCCCACUGCCAUAUCAGACAGAGGACUUGAGUUGCUGUCCACAACGUUUCUCUUUAGUUUUCUUGUGACCCUGGUACUGUAUUUUUCUGGUUGCGAGUCACAAAGUAAAGGUUCAUCUCUAAAACCUCAUAUCAGUGGGAACCUGAUACAUGAUUGGUGGUUUGGAAUACAACUAAAUCCUCACUUCAUGGGUAUUGACCUCAAAUUUUUCUUUGUUAGAGCUGGAAUGAUGGGGUGGCUACUUAUCAAUUUAUCUAUUCUUAUGAAGAGCAUUCAAGAUGGUACUUUGAGCCAGUCAAUGAUUCUCUACCAGCUAUUCUGUGCACUAUACAUCCUGGACUAUUUUGUACAUGAAGAAUACAUGACAUCCACCUGGGACAUAAUUGCUGAGAGAUUGGGCUUCAUGUUGGUCUUUGGAGAUUUAGUGUGGAUACCUUUCACUUUCAGCAUACAGGGGUGGUGGCUAUUGAAGAACAGUGUGGAGUUAACAACCGCUGCCGUGGUAGCUAAUUGCUUUGUCUUCUUGAUCGGAUAUAUGGUAUUUCGAGGAGCAAACAAGCAAAAACACGUGUUCAAAAAGAAUCCAAAGGCUCCUAUUUGGGGUAAGCCUCCAAAAGUUGUUGGAGGCAAGCUACUAGCGUCUGGUUAUUGGGGUGUUGCUAGGCACUGUAAUUACCUAGGGGAUUUGCUGCUUGCUCUCUCCUUUAGCUUACCUUGUGGGAUAAGUUCACCAAUUCCAUACUUCUAUCCAGUUUAUCUUCUUAUUCUGUUGAUUUGGAGAGAGAGAAGGGAUGAAACUCGUUGUGCAGAGAAGUAUAAAGAGAUAUGGGCAGAGUAUCGUAAACUUGUGCCAUGGAGAAUAUUGCCUUAUGUUUAUUAGGAGCAUAAUAAGGGCUUCAUUUUGCCAAUGCUACUAAACACUUUGAUGUAAAUUGGUUCUUGGAUCUUUUCUUGUUUGUGUAUGGAUUAUCAUGCUCAUGGCUUUCUUUUUUAUGGCCAUCUCUUUUUGAUAUGAUAUUUCUCUAUUUGUUUUGAAAUGAGAAUGGCAUGGUGCAAGAUCCUUGGCUUAUCUUAUAA